AUAAUAAUUAAAGUCGGCUUCCAGCUUCAGCUAGUCUUAAUUCACUUCCAUUUUCAUUUAUGUUAUCUUAAGCUUCGCUGUUUGUUGUCAUUAUUACUUAUAAAUUUAAUUGUUGAACAUUGUCAUCGACAUAUUGUUCUGUCCAAAAAGCUCAUGUCUGUUAAUUUAUGCAGAUAUCCACUGGGCAUCAUCAGGCAAUUGACUCAACCUGUUGGAAAGACAAUAAAUAAUCUCCGGUAUUUAUCAUCAGCAAUGUCGAAGUUUGAUUUGCCUGAACGCUACGUCGGAAACGAAAAGAAUGUUUGGGUUGAGUACAUCGCACUGGACAUGAAAUACAAGCCUUUGAACCUGGGUCAAGGGUUCCCGGAUUUCUUUGCUCCGAGCCACGUGACAGAGGCACUGGCCGCAGCUACCAAAAGUGAAAACCCGCUGCUGAAUCAAUACACCAGAAGUUUUGGUCACCCGCGGUUGGUCAACGCUCUGGCGAAAGUCUACUCAAAAGUCUUGGGCAGGGAGCUGAACCCCCAGACCGAAGUACUUGUCACAUCGGGAGCGUAUGAGGCUAUUUAUUCAACUAUUCAAGGUCAUACUGAAAAAGGAGAUGAAUGGAUUAUUAUAGAGCCUUUUUUUGAUUGUUAUGAACCCUUGGUCCGGAUUUCUGGUGGUGUUCCACGGUUUAUACCACUCAAGCCAACAAAAACAUCAGGACUUGUAAGUUCAGCAGACUGGAUUUUUGAUCGAGACGAAAUGGCCAGCUUAUUUAACAGCAAAACCAAAGGAAUAAUAAUAAACACACCGCAUAAUCCAAUUGGCAAAGUAUUUACAAUGGAUGAGCUAACAUUUAUCGCAGAUUUAGCCAAGAAAUGGGACGUUCUGGUGCUAUCUGAUGAAGUUUACGAGUGGAUGGUUUAUGAGCCAGCACAACACAUCAGAAUUGCAACACUGCCGGACAUGUACCAGCGCACAAUCACCGUUGGAUCGGCUGGCAAAACCUUCAGCGUGACCGGCUGGAAACUGGGCUGGGCGUACGGUCCCGAAAAUCUGCUGUACAACCUCAAAGUCGUACACCAGAACUGCGUUUACACCAGCGUUACUCCAACUCAGGAAGCCGUCGCCGUGGGAUUCGAGGAAGAGUUGAAGAGAUUCGAUCAGCCUGACUGCUACUUCAAGAGUUUAGCCAAAGAAUUAUUGCCUAAGCGUGACUUUAUGGCCAAGUUUCUCGCGGAUGUCGGAAUGUCGCCGACGAUACCCGAGGGUGGCUAUUUUAUGAUCGCUAAUUGGAAAGCUUUGGAGAAUAAGGUCAAGCUUGAUGAGGAAACUGAUCUCUGGCGGGAUUAUCGGUUCACCAAGUGGAUGACCAAGAAUGUCGGACUCCAGGGGAUUCCUCCGUCGGCUUUUUACUCCGACGAGCACAAACACCUUGCUGAGGACAAUGUUCGUUAUUGUUUUAUUAAAAAAGAUGAAAAUUUGCAGAAAGCUGCCGAGAUUUUGAAAAAGUGGAAGACUAGUUUGUAAAUUAUUUUUUUAACAAUUUAAUUUACAGAUUAGAUUGAGAGAAAAAAUUUCUUUUGAAAAAAUGGCCAUUAUUGUGAUAAGAAAUUAAUUUUU